CACACCCUCUCCUUAAAAGAGUGACGCCAGGUAUGCCACCGCCACGGGGUGACGUGACCGCCUUGUUCCUGGGGCCUCCGGGCUGUGGCAAGUCCGCGCUUAUUGCAGCGCUGUGCGACGGAAAUGUGGAGACGAUAGAGAUUCCCGAGGGACGGCCGGACUCCGGGAUCCCCAGCCUGCGAGCUGCCGGCCCUGGCCUUUUCCUGGGCGAGCUGAGCUGUCCACCCGCAGCGCCAGGGCCCUGGGCGGCGGAGGCCAAUGUGCUGGUAUUGGUGCUGCCCGGCCCCGAAGGGAACGGGGAGCCCUUAGCCGCAGCGCUGGGAGAGGCAGCGCGGGCCGCCUUGGCCCGAGGGACCCCGUUGCUGGCUGUGCGGAAGCUCCGUCCUGGAGAUUCGGAAAAUGAAGCCCAGGCCCGGGAUCAGACAGAGGCCCUGCUGAACAGCGCAGGAUUGGGGGCCGCGGCUCUCUUCGUGCUGCCGGCCGACUGCGGCAGCAGAGAUGGCUGCAAGGAAUUGGAGCGUCUGCGGGUGGCGCUGCGGAGCCAGGCGGAGGUGCUGCAAAGGCUCCUUCCACCGGCUCAGGAUGGCUUCGAGGUACUGGGUGCAGCAGAGCUGGAGGCUGUGCGUGAAGCCUUUGAGACCGGUGGCUUGGAGGCGGCGCUGUCGUGGGUUCGCGCUGGCCUGGAGCGCCUGGGCAGCGCGCGGCUGGACCUGGCCGUGACCGGCAAGGCUGAUGUGAGCCUUGUGCUGAACAUGCUACUUGGGUUGGAUCCCCCUGACCCAGAUGACGAGCCUGUUUUCACGCCCCCGGGGCCCACACCCUGCCCGGCGCCAGAGCGUCCCAACGUGGUGCUCUGGAACGUGCCUCUGGGCUCCGCGGGCACUGCUGCCACCCCCCAUCCGACCCACUACGACGCCCUCAUCCUCGUCACCCCGGGGGCCCCUACUGAGAAGGACUGGGCUGAGGUGCGGCCCUUCGUGCUGCCAGAUGCGCCGCUGGUCUGCGUGCGAACAGACGGUGAGGGCGAGGAUCCAGAGUACCCGGAGGAAGAGGAGAAGGCAGAGAAGCCCAGCUCUGAGAGCUUAGAGAACGCAGGCGGAGAGGGGUUGAAGAAUGCACGCAGUGAGGGAAGGGAGAGCCGUGGCACUGGAUUGCAGAAAGGUAGCGGGGAAGAGUCCGGGAAAGCAGGCAGCGGGGAAGGGUCAGAGAAAGCAGGCAGUGAGAGUUUGCCGCGUGUUGGCGGCGGCGCGAAGAAAUCGGGCAGUGGGGACUCAGAGCGUGCGGCCGCACUGAGCCCGGAGGAUGAGACGUGGGAGGUGCUGGAGGAGGCACCGCCGCCGGUGUUCCCCCUGCGGCCUGGCGGCCUCCCCGGGCUCUGCGAGUGGCUGCGGCGCGCGCUCCCCCCGGCCCAGGCGGGGGCGCUGCUGCUGGCGCUGCCACCCGCGUCUCCCCACGGGGCCCGGAUGAAGGCUGCGGCGCUGCGGGCCGGGGCGUGGCGGCCGGCUCUGCUGGCUAGCCUGGCGGCGGCGGCGGCCCCAGUACCGGGGCUAGGCUGGGCGUGCGACGUGGCGCUGCUGCGGGGCCAGCUGGCGGAGUGGCGGCGGGCGCUGGGGCUCGAACCCGCGGCGCUGGCUCGACGCGAGCGCGCGCUAGGCUUGGCUCCCGGGGAGCUGGCAGAGCGGACGCGCUUCCCGGGCCCGGUGACGCGCGCGGAGGUGGAGGCGAGGCUGGGCGCGUGGGCGGGCGAGGGCACUGCGGGGGGCGCGGCGCUGGGCGCCCUUUCCUUCCUGUGGCCGGCGGGCGGGGCGGCGGCCACCGGCGGCCUGGGUUACCGCGCCGCGCACGGCGUCCUGCUGCAGGCCCUCGACGAGAUGCAGGCCGAUGCCGAGGCGGUGCUGGCACCCCAUGGGCCCGCGCAGUGAGGGGAGGGAUGAGGGUCGGGGCUUCCGGGGUGCUCAGCGUCCGUGCUGCUUGGCUCCUCCAGGGGCUGAGGACUCCCAAGUCCCGCGUGGGGUGGGGGGGUGGAGUUGGAUGCCUGGGCCUCUGAGGUAACAGAGCUGGGGGCCACCACCCAGAAUCCUGGGUGCUUGAAGGGGAUGAGGGCUCUAGGACUACUGACUGGGAUGUGUGACUUGUAGUCCCCUGGAUCCCUAGGUCCUGAAGGGGAACGGAGUCUGGGGGAGAGAACUGAUUUCCCUGGGGACCACAGGGCAUGACACCAGACUGUCCUGAAGGAAGUUGAGGGGUUGGACUCCUAGAAGGGGUUCUGUCCUGGUCUCCAGGGGAGUAGAAACUGGAUCUGUUGGUCCUCUGGCCCUGGGAGGGGGGAGAAGAGGUGAAAGCCCUGGUUCCUGAUGAAGAGGGUCUCCAUCAUCCUGGAGAUUCCAGUAUGGAGGAAGGAGUCUGGGUACCCCAGGGAGCCGGAAUCCUUGGAACUGCUGAGCCACAAGGGGGUAUAGGAUCCAGGCUUCCCAGAGGGAAUGGGUCUGCAUCCAGCCUCCCAGUUCCUCAAGAGGCGGUGGCUUUGAAUCUUCAGUGGACCUUGGUUUCUAAUUCCUGGGUGGUGGGAGGUCUCCGUCUACAGGAGGGAACAGGGGGCUGUGCAAAAGAGCUGGAGAUCCUUUGGUCCCCCUUGAGGAAUAGAGAGAUAUCUAAUAUUUGCUGUUCCAGGGGACUGAUGACCCAGAUUCCUUCCCCAGCUGUUGUGGGGAGGAUGGUCCCACAAAAAUGAGGGGAGGAGGCAAGAGGUCUGGGCAUGGUGGGCCCUGGUGGUAGCCAGAGACCAGGAAUGAGGCCUUCUAGGUGUGGAAGGGCAGGAACCCAUACCUCAGAGGUACCUCCCACAAAUCCCUUAUGGAUUUGGACCCUGGCAGUUGUCGCUCUGUGUGAGUUUGGGAAGGGAUAUGACUGCCCCAUUUCAUAGGUGCUGAGUGAUUCAGGGGAUCUUUGGUGAGUCUUUUCCUUUGUCCCUCUCUCCCUUAGUGGUUUCUAUCUCUUUUUGGUCUUGAUUUGUUCCGUCAUUAAGCCUAACCCUUUCUGGCCUUGGUAUUUUAAACUCCUGCCUUUUUUGGAAAAGCAGCUGUCGUGCUGCAGUGAUCCAGACAUUUCUGUGUUGGCUACCUCAGGUGUCACCAAGAGGCUCUGCCUUCUGGUGUACACACAGUGCUGCAGAGGGCAAGAGACCCACAGAACAGCUAGGGAGCGUUCCAGACCGUGGGAGUGUGCCAUGAGUGAAGCAAAGCCAGAAACCACAGUGCCUGGAAUGUUCUAGGCUGCCAACUAUAGGUAGAAAAGACGCCACAGGUCACAGAAUUCUUCAGUGUCAACAAACAGAAAGGGGGGACCCGAAAGGCCAUUAAGUAGAAUGAAUCUCUUUUAUGAGAGAUGGGGAGAGCAAAGCCCAGGGAGGGCAGGCUCUAGGCCCAACAGCACACAGCAAGGUCCUAUGUGGUCUGGCCCCUGCCUCUUCGCAUUCCCUGCCCCCACCCCAUCCCCCAACCAGCCUGAUCUUCCUUCUGAUGCCUGGUGGCCUGGGUGGGCCACCUUGGAUCCUGCCCCGGGACCUUUGCAUUUGCUGUUCUUUCUGCGUAGAAUGCUCUGCCCCCAGAUCUUCCCAUGGCUGGUUCCUCCUUGUCAAGCAGGUCUCAGCUCACAUGUCCCCUCAGAGAGGCCUUCCCUGACCAGUGUAACUGAAGUAGCUCACACAUCCCCAUUAUUCAUCUCAGCCUGUCAGUGUUUCUCUUGUAGCAGUUAUUACUGUAAGCAGUUACCUUAUUUAUUUAUUUACCUAUUUAAUAGCUAUGAUCCUCUUACCUGUCUUGUUCUCUGCUGUACCCCCAGCACCUAGAAGAGUGCCUGACAACACAGUAGGUGCUUAGUAAAUACUGAAUUCAUUAUUCCGUGGCAGACUGGAACUUAGAUUGUCGGCCUCUUGCCACAAGACAGGGGAAAUGAGCGAGGCAGGGAGAAACAAGCAUCUGGUGGGAGAGAAGCUCCUGUCAGAUGUCAGGGGAUCUGGGAAGCAAGCAAGGCCUUGCCACUGGCACUCUGGGUGACUUGGACCAGUGCCUUAUUUUCCCAUCUGUGAAAGGAAAAGGCUGGACGAGAACCCUAAACACUUCCAAGAUCCUAUUUACUUUGACAGCAGGAGACAAGGGUGACCCAUCUGAGGGGCAGAUACCUGCCAGAUGGUACCCCCAUGUCCAUCUUGAACCCCUACCACUGGCACAAUUUGUCCCCUCUGAAUUGAGGUGGCUGAGGUGGGGAAAAGCAUUUGGCUCCAUACAAAACGGCUUCAGGCAUUGUCCUCAAAGGCCUUUUGGGCUUCAGGGAAAGGUGUUUGCCCAUAUCUGUAAUAUCCAGUACAACACGAUCUGCCUCUCAGUCUGGCGUGCCCCCCGUGGGGAAGUGGGAGAGGCGCCCAGCAGUGCUGUCCAUCAAACGGAAUGUGAGCCGCAUCUGUAACUUGAAAUGUCCCAGCAGCCACAUUAAAAAAGGUAAAAGGAAACAGGGCGAAGCUAGUUAUGUUUUACGUAACCUAGUAAAUCCGAAAUAUUAUUUCGACGUGUAGUCAAUCGAGAAAAGAAUGAGAUAUUUUACACUUAGCGUACAUCGCCUUCAGAUGAUAAAUUUUCAUCAGAAGUACCUCUAUUUAACUUUCCGAAAAAUUCGUGGGUGGAGAAAUCGAUUCCUCUACCCAAGUUGUCCCGAUUAUAUUGACCAGUUUCCCAAUAACUGAGGUGUGUAUCUAUCCAUUUUCAAUUAAAAGUGAAUAAAGUUUAAAACUCCACUUCUCAGUUAACACUAACCACGUUUCAAGGGCUCAGUAGCCACCUGUGAUGUGUGGCUAGAGCGUUGGACAGCACAGACCUAGGACGCUUCCAUUAUCACGGGAAAUCCUGUUGGCACAGCUCUAGGGUCAGACGGUUCUCCAGACACUGGGGUAGCCUUGGGCAAGCCACUCAGCAAAUGGUAUCUACCUCACAGGGUAAUUGUAAGAAUAUGUAUGUACGUAUGUACAUGCAUCUUCACACACACACACACCCGUCCACUCACACUGCAGCCCUUGGGAGAAGCUUGGCCCCUGGGGAGCUCAACCAUAAGUCUUGUUGCCUAUGCCCUGGGCCCCAGGCAGCACCCAGACAACUCUAGUCUGGGCACCUCUGUCUCACGCCCAUGCCUUUGCUCACAGUGCCCUCCUCUUUCUCUGCCACUUUUCACGCCAUCUCUGAUUUGGUCUUGCCUGACACUCUGCCCCAUGCUGCCCUGCUCCAAAUUCCCUCUGCCCUCAUGCCAACGAGGGUGGUGCCAGAGAUCAUAUCUGAGAAAGCAAAACCCGAUUUUGUUUGCCUGUGUCUUUGUUGGGGAGUGCUGAUUGUGUUUCUGUCGUUGUGUAUCGACACUCUUGGGUGUCGUGACUAAUUGGGGGGGUUGUCUUUUAAAUUAUGACUUUUGAUGGGAGGCAUCAUGUUGCUAGCGAGGCAUCUGUCUCUGGGAGCAUCCAAGCAGAAGGACUUAAGACUCCCUUGAGAACUGAUUGCUGGCUGCCCUCGGGGUGUGUCGACAUCAUACUUCCAGGCUGGAAGACCCUUGAAGGCAAGAAUUCAAGGAAAUGGAUGCUAAGUCUUGGCCCUGCCGUUGCCAGAGAUGAUCUCAUCACCUUAGCCGAAUUUCAUACAUUUCUGGAUAAUGAUGAAGAGACUUGUAUCCACUAGGGUGGGGAACCUGGGAAGGCUAAUCAAAGGUGUGAUUGGCCUGUGGUGCUUUUUGAA